UUAGGCUUUUGAGUUUCUUAUUGUAAAAUGUAUAAUCUCUUACUAUAACACACAAGUUGGGACAUAGAAAUUAUUAUUUUCUUUCAAUGAAGUAAGCAUCAUUAGUCAACUAACUUGAUACUUAAGAAACACUAACAUUUUCCAUUCUGACAUCAAUUGUUUUUGCACUUACACAUAACAAGGACUUGUAAAUACAGAACAAUUUAAUUCCAAAGAUUCAUUUGGAUCAAACAAAGGAGAGCCUUAAACAUAGUUAUCCCUUAAGUUCCAAGAAACCUCUUUUAAAGAGUGUAAAGCUGUCUCUCUCGAAUUCCACUUCAAACAAACUGCGAAAACAACUGUGAGGAGCAAAGUCUUUAUCAUGCUCAAAUAAUCUCUUCAAUGAAAACUUCACCUCAUCAAACCCAAUCUUCUUUCUCUGCUAUCAAAUUUCAAUACAUUUAUUCAAAGAAUGUAGUUACAAGCCAAUCGUAACGGUUAACCGUCGCUAUAACAACAUAUGUCAUUGUGAAAAAAAAGAAAAAAAAAACUUUCUUCUUCCAUUAUCAUCCCAUGAAGAAAUUAAGUUUCUUAUUGGACUUAAAAAACAUGAUUAAGCAUUAGACUGAACAUUUACCUCCAUAAUGUAGCUGUUAUAUAAACCAAUAACCUAACUAAUCACUCUCAUAGACCCAAAACACAAUGGCUCCACUUUCAUUUUCAUUCUUGUUCUUAGUACUUCUUCAAAUAUCUUUUUUGUUUAAUAGUCUGAUUGCCAAACACAGCGAUGACCACCACCACCACCACGAUGUCCGGUCACCAGGUCCGAACCCGAGACUCCAUCAAGCAUUCCUUGCUCUCCAAGCAUGGAAAAAAGUCAUUUACUCAGACCCAAAAAACCACACCACCAAUUGGGUGGGGCCAUCAGUUUGCAACUACUUUGGAGUGUACUGUGCUCCAUCUCUUGAUGAUCCCAAAAUCCAAGUGGUCGCCGGAAUUGACUUAAACCACGGCGACAUCGCCGGAUUCCUCCCUAACGAAUUGGGCCUUUUAACAGACCUUGCUCUGCUGCAUCUCAACAGCAACCGAUUCUGUGGCAUUUUGCCACAAUCUUUAGCCAAUUUAUCUCUUCUCUUUGAAUUGGAUUUAAGCAACAACAGAUUCGUUGGCCCUUUUCCUUCUGUUGUUCUUCUCCUUCCAAAAUUAACAUAUCUUGAUCUUCGAUUCAACGAAUUUGAAGGCUCAAUUCCCUCUGAACUCUUCAACAAAACCCUCGACGCCAUUUUUAUCAACAGCAAUCGUUUCACUAACAUUAUCCCACGAAACAUCGGUGGAAAAUCAGCCUCUGUGAUUGUCUUUGCUAAUAACAAUUUAAAGGGUUGUCUUCCACCCACAAUUGCUAGUUUUGCAAAUAGUUUAGAAGAGCUUUUGUUGAUCAACACUAGUUUAUCAGGCUGUUUGCCACAAGAAAUUGGGUUUUUGUAUAAAUUGAAGGUUUUGGAUGUGAGUUUUAACAAACUAAUUGGUCCUUUGCCUUAUAGUUUAGCAGGGCUAGCUCAAUUAGAGCAAUUGAAUUUAGCCCACAACUUGUUUAGUGGGAAUUUGUUUGAAGGUCUCUGUAGCCUUCCGAAUUUGGAGAAUGUGACAGUUUCUUACAAUUACUUUUGUGAAGAAGAAGGGAUUUGCCGGAAUUUGACGACGGAAGGUAUUGCUUUUGAUGAUCGACGGAAUUGUUUGCCGGAGAAGCCAUUGCAGAGGAGUAAAAAGGAGUGUAGUGCGGUGGUUGAACGUCCUGUUGACUGUUUUGAGCAUCCGUGCGGCGGCGGUGGCGGCGAAGGUUAUGGUUCUAGUAUUGCGGCGGUUCCGGCAUCGACGCCUAUUUCUUCACCUUCUUCCGUUGUUGCCCCUUCCCACUUGUGAUUUGGUGCUAUUAUAGAUAGGAUUGAGAAGUUGCUUUUGAGGGGUAAUAAGGUCCAUUUGAUUGGGUUAGAAAAAUGUGUGAGUUUGUGAAUAUGCUUUGGUGUGAGAAUUUCUUGUAUUAGUUGUGAAAGUUUUAUUUGUUUUCUUUGUUCCAAUAUAUCCACAUGGGCCAUAUAUGAAACUAUUAGCUUGAUUCAAAAGUGGGACAUAGUCUUUUAGGUAGAAAAAGAUCUUAAGUCAUAUAUAGGGGGUAAGGAUUUGAAAUCUUUUGGAUAGAUUUUGAAUUCAUAUCUUAGCAAUAUUUUAAGAGUAAUGGUAAGCAAUAACAUCAAGUUUUUCAUCUUUCACAAAUAACACUAUUUUUGGAUGAUUGUUUUAAUGACUCAUCUCAGAGUUAUGUCAAUCGAGA